GACCGAGAGACAGAGGCUGAGAGCAGCCAAGGGGCAGAGAGACAGACCCAGUGGGGCCACGCGGGAGGAGACUUGGGAGACGCACUUGUGCAGACCACUGAGGCCGACUGCCACUUGGAGCUUUGCGGGGCUGAGCCGCCCUCUCCCACAUCAGCUGGGAGACCCUUGGGGCUUCAGAGGCCGCGUCUGGGCUCCAUCGAGGAGGUGCGAGUUCCUUUUCUGGAGAGCAAACUUUCCACAGAGAUGCCUCGCAGGGUGAGGUGCAGCCCCCGAAGAGGACUGGGCAGCCUCUGAUCGCAGUCUGUGUGCCCCCUACUGCCCAGGGCCAGGAGGCCACAGGGAAAGGACAUCCUGAUAUCAUAGGCACGGGGACCCCCGGCUCAGCUCAGUGGACGAGGCCCGAGAGUUUGCAAACUCAGCUCUGGAGUUCGGCGGCAACAGCAGCAGCAGGAAAAACCUGCCCCUGCCCCCCCUCCCGCUGCCUACCCUACCCUGUCCUCCCUUCACCUACCAGGCACCCCCAGUUCUCACAGGGCCCUCCCGCAUGUCAGACCCAGACGUCGCCAGGGGCCCUGAUGCCCCCACCAUGUGGCCUCCCUGUUCCAGGGGUGCCUGAGCCCCUUCAAGGAGACCCCACCCCCUCCAUCCCCCACCUUGGCCCAGUCCUGAGCCCUAGGGACAAUGAGUGGGGGCAAGAAGAAGAGUAGCUUCCAAAUCACCAGUGUCACCACGGACUAUGAGGGCCCAGGGAGCCCAGGGGAUUCAGAUCCCCCUGCCCUGCUGGCCCCCACCGGGCCCCCUCCCCGUCUGCCCAAUGGGGAGCCCAGCCCUGAUCCAGGGGGCAAGGGCACCCCCCGGAAUGGCUCCCCACCACCACCUGGGGUCCCCGCCUCCCGUUUCCGGGUGGUGAAGCUACCCCAUGGCCUGGGAGAGCCUUAUCGCAGAGGUCGUUGGACGUGUGUGGAUGUUUAUGAGAGAGACCUGGAGCCCCCGAGCUUUGGCCGGCUCCUGGAGGGAAUUCGAGGGGCCUCGGGAGGUACCGGGGGCAGAUCUUUGGAUUCCAGGUUGGAGCUGGCCAGCUUGGGCCUGGGCGCCCCUACCCCACCGCCCGGCCUGUCUCAGGGCCCUACCUCCUGGCUCCGCCCACCCCCCACAUCCCCUGGACCUCAGGCCCGCUCCUUAACUGGGGGGCUAGGCCAGCUGGUAGUGCCCAGCAGGGCCAAGGUAGAAACACCCCCACUGUCAGUCUCCCCACCCCAGCAGCGCCUCCCAGAGCCUGGGACCGGGGAUAGCGCGGGCACAUCCCAGGCCGCCACGCCCCUGCCCUCCCUGAGGGUGGAAGUGGAGGCUGGGGGCUCCACAGCAGGGACCUCUCCCCUGUCUAGAAGGAAAGAUGGGGCCACACGGCUGAGGAUGGAGUUUGUUGCUCCUGAGGAGACAGGGCAGGUGCCCCCCCUUGACUCUCGCCCCAGCUCUCCAGCCCUCUACUUCUUUCCCGAUGCCAGUCUGGUUCACAAGUCUCCAGACCCCUUUGGAGCAGCAGCAGCCCAGAGCUUCAGCCUGGCCCGCUCCAUGUUGGCCAUCAGUGGUCACCUGGACAGCGAUGACGACGGUGGCUCCGGAAGCCUGGUUGGCAUUGACAACAAGAUUGAACAAGCCAUGGUUUUUGGCUGGAGACACAAAGCUAAGCCACCCAUUUUGGGACACUCUGGCUCCAAGAAAUCUGCAUUGAAGGGGGUGGAGAAGACUCCCAAGGUGGUUGAGACUUUCAAGUUGGUUGAGUGCCCCACAGAGGCUAAGCUCCCCCACACGGAUGAGUCCCCCAAGGAGGCUGAGCCCUGCGUGACGGAGUUGGAGCUGGGCCGUGAGUGCCAAUCCCUUCUGUGGCUGCCCCGGACAGCUGUCCAGUCUGUCUCCACGCUCAUGGUCUCUGCCCUGCAGACCGGCUGGCAGCUGUGCAGCUGGAAGUCAUCUGUGAGUUCUGCCUCAGUCGCCUCCCAAAUGAGGACCCGGUCCCCAUUGGACACACCGGAGGCUGAGAUGCUGCGGGAAGUGUAUCUGGUGCUAUGGGCCAUCCGGAAACAACUGCGCCAGCUGGUCCGCAGGCAGGAGAGGCACAGACGGAGGCACCGGAGCCGGACCCACACCGUCCCGCAACCUGACCCAGUUCAGUCCCUGAAACAGGAUGCCCGAAGUCCCCUCUAGGGGAGCACCAUAGAUCUUUCAGAAAGCCCCCACCUGACUCUUAGGUAAGGUUGAUAAAAGGGGUCAGAGCAGCAGGCCAGAAGUUGUAGGUGAGACGAUGUUUUCAUACUGUCACCUGUCAUCAGGAGUCCAAGGCCAGGACUGGGGUCCCACAUACUUCCCUUCAUUCCACUUAUCAAUUUAUAAAAAAUUAUCAAAAUAUUGGAAAAUAAAUACCAGAUAUUUCCGAGCA